AUGUUACCGGCGCCUCAGCCAUCAUUAUCCCCGGAGAUUCCAGGGAAACGACGUUGCUGGGAGUGCCAACGUCGUCGACUUGUUUGCGACUCUGUCAAGCCAGUCUGUAACAAGUGUCGUGCUUCCGGCAUCGUUUGCCCUGGCUACGACGACAGAAAGCCCCUGACUUGGCUCGCACCUGGGAAAAUCACCUGCCGUACUCGACGCAAAGGGCGCGUGGCAGACAAAGACACAGCGACGAAGAAGACCAUAAAGAUAAAGCCAAAGCUAGAUAGCCGAGGGGAAAUCGAAGACACCGAAGCCUUGACUAGAAGCAGGAACAAAUAUGGCGGAGAGCUCGUCUUUCAUUCAGCUCUGAGGACAGACAUUUGCGAUGUAUUCGAAGCCGUACAGUAUUUCAACGACGUGUUCUACCCAUACACCAAGUCAGGCCAUCCGCCAACCAGCAACGUGUUCAUCGCCGAAAUUCCCCUCAAGGUCGUGAAAUAUCUGCCGAUCUCGAUUGCGCACAACUUGGUUGGCAUCAUCAACGCAUGCAUAACUCCUCAGUGGCGACAGCAUGUAGACGGUCUCCUGGCUAUUCUCGCAUGUCGAGGCGGUGCCCGGGGAUGGGCCAUGUCGGAGCCAUACCGCCAAGCCUUGCUCCUGUCUUUUAUGAUUGUGAUGACUUCAGCGAAUACAACGAGUCCACCUGACAACCAGGUUACAAUGUGUGAUCAACAAGAGUUCGUUAAUUUGAUCCAGGAGAUAUAUCCACUCGGAUUGCAUCCACACAUUCCUUGUCCGAUGCCGCUAUUCUUGGAAAUUUCGCGAAUUAACCAUCUAAGAGCUGAGGUCUCGAAGAAGUCGAUGGACAAGUCAACAGCGAAUUCAGUUGCGGAGGACAUUGUUGCAAGGAUCGAGAGCUUUGAUGGGACGGACUGUGACUCCUUCUACGAGGACAGGGAUCACCGUGAUCUCAUCGCUGCGAUAUUUCACUCUGCAGUGGCUGUCUUCUGCAUUUCUUCGCUGCAGAGCGUUGGAGCCCUGCCCAGAGUCCACCGACUGACAAUGCUGAGAACCAUGCAUGGAAAUCGCCUCUAUUCUCUCAUGGAGGAGACAAGAAAACAUCCACAACUGAAGAAAUCCGUCCAAUGGCCUUUAGUUGUCGCUGGCAUCGAAGCCUCGGUUCGGGUAGAUAAGCGUCGGCUUGUUGCAGAGCUUUACUUGGAGCAAGCCAAGGACAUCGCCACGCCAUUGCCUCUGCACGCUAAGAAUGUUAUGCGCACCUUCUGGGACGGAGACGCUACACAUUGGGAUGCAUGUUUCGACCAGCCCUACGCAUUUGUUUCAUAG